UUACAGGAAGAAACAGACAGCAUUUCCUGCCAGGAACAAAUUAAUCGAUCCAUUUAUUGGGCAGAUGGCUUUGUGUUUGUCUUUUCAAUCACUGACUAUAAUAGCUACCGUAUGAUUAGGCCUUUGUACCAGCACUUAAGGAAAAUCCACCCAAACACCAAAAUUCCACUUCUUCUGGUAGGAAAUAAAGCUGACCUUUUAAGAGCCAGGCAAGUGGAAUCUGAUGAAGGUCUUCAACUUGCUAAUGAACUGUCUGGUACAUAUGCUGAAGUAUCUGCUAGAGAAAACUAUGAAGGGGUAUAUGGAGCUUUCUAUCAACUGUGUCAGGAGGUUGGAAAGAUGAUCUUCAGCUGCAAUGGGGAAAAGAGAAGAGGACUUCAUCUUGUGCGCCCCAGAUCUCCUAACAUGCAAGACCUGAAAAGACGCUUUUAA